CUUCUUUUUAGGACCAUGGCUCAAGGUUUGACUAACGAAGAGGUCGAGGCCCUCUGUCUGAAGCCUCAUGAAGGAACUAAGGACUUCAUGUUCCAACAAACCAUGUACCGCAUCAAGGACCCCCGCAAGUCACUCCCGUUCUACACCGGCGUGCUGGGGAUGAUCCUCCUCAAGAAACUGGACUUCCCCGCUAUGAAGUUCUCUCUGUACUUCAUGGGUUAUGAGAACCCGGCCGAGGUGCCGCAGGAUGAGGCAAAAAGGCUGACUUGGGCUACGACAAGGAAAGCUACGCUGGAGUUGACACAUAACUGGGGCACCGAGAGCGACGACUCGAGCUACCACAACGGCAACAGCGAGCCCCGUGGCUACGGGCACAUCGGUAUAUUAGUGCCUGAUGUAGAGGCGGCCUGCGCUAAAUUCGAGGAGCAGGGAGUGAAGUUCAUCAAGCGCCCGCAGGACGGGACCAUGAAGGGCCUGGCCUUCAUCCAGGACCCCGACGGUUACUGGAUCGAGAUCUUCAAGGCCAUGUAAAAAUACUUACGGAGCAUUCCACGAGAAUGUCGCUUACGAAAUGCGGAUCCCUUAU